UUGCAGGAAAAGAUCAAGCACCGGAAUAAGGAGAAUUAUGGCGGUGGCGGUGGUGGAUCGCGACGGGAUAAACGACUUUCCAGGAUACGCAGCAUCGAUGAUUCGUUCCUGAAACCCACCGCAGCUUAUCAUACAGUGACGCAAUCGAGGCACGCAAAAACUUCCCGGUCCUGUAUUGGUGGUGAUGAAUACGACGAAUACGACAAAUUUCGUCAUUCAGUCGAUUUUCCCAAUAGGGUAAGUUCAUCAUAA